AUGAAGUGGAUACUGUUCUUUGGGGCCCUUAUUGGGUCUGGCAUCUGUGGCCGAGAAAAGUGUUUUGGGGACCAAGUUUUCAGGAUUAACGUCAGAAAUGGAGAUGAGAUCAGCAAAAUAAGUCAGCUAGUGAAUUCAGACAACUUCAAGCUCAGCUUCUGGAAAUCUCCCUCUACUUUUGGUCAUCCUGUGGAUAUCCUCGUCCCUUCUGUCAGUCUUCAGCCAGUCAGAGCCUUCCUGAAGUCCCAGCUCUUAGAGUACUCAGUGACUAUUGAAGACCUGCAGGCCCUUUUAGAUAAUGAAGAGAAAGAAAGGCAACACAAUGAAGGUCAAGAACGGAGCAGUAAUAACUUCAACUAUGGGGCCUACCAUUCUCUGGAAGCUAUUUACCAUGAGAUGGACAGCAUUGCCCAAGAUUUUUCUGGCUUGGUGAGCAGGGUGAAAAUUGGGCAUUCAUUUGAAAACCGGUCGAUGUAUAUACUGAAGUUCAGUACUGGGAGAGGCAGUCAGCGGCCGGCCAUUUGGCUGAACGCAGGCAUCCAUUCCCGGGAGUGGAUCUCACAGGCCACGGCAAUCUGGACUGCGAGAAAGAUUGUAACUGAUUAUGGGAAGGAUCCAGCCAUCACAUCCAUCUUGGAGAAAAUGGAUAUUUUCUUGUUGCCUGUGGCCAAUCCUGAUGGAUAUGUUUACACACAAACUCAAGACCGAUUAUGGAGGAAGUCACGGUCUCUAAAUCCUGGAAGCUCCUGCAUUGGUACUGAUCUAAAUAGAAAUUGGAAUGUUAGUUUUGCAGGAAAGGGAGCCAGUGACGACCCUUGCUCUGAAGCAUACCAUGGAACCCAUGCCAAUUCGGAAGUAGAGGUGAAAUCGGUGGUAGAUUUCAUCCAAAAACACAGGAAUUUCAAAUGUUUCAUUGACCUUCACAGCUACUCACAGCUGCUGAUGUACCCAUAUGGGUACACGUUCAACAAGGCCCCGGAUACUAAAGAGCUGGAUGAGGUGGCAAGGCGUGCGGCCAAAGCUCUGGCUUCGCUGUCGGGCACUGAGUAUCGCGUGGGUCCUAUCAGCACCACUAUCUAUCCAGCUAGCGGGAGCAGCACUGACUGGGCAUAUGAUAAUGGCAUCAAGUAUGCAUUUGCUUUUGAGUUGAGAGAUACUAGGCACUAUGGCUUCCUUCUGCCAGCCAACCAGAUCAUCCCCACUGCAGAGGAGACCUGGCUGGGGAUGAAGACCAUCAUGGAACAUGUGCGGGACCACCUCUACUAGAUGAGGAGCCCCGCUCUUUCUACAUCUACUUAUCCCCAUUACACACACAUAUAAGCCCACUAUAAAGGACUCUUGUUCUUUCACAUGUGAGUCAGAGCCUUCUGGCUUUGUAGAGAACAAAG